UUGCUGUCAUUCCUACACUAUAUAGUAAACUAGUGGACUCCACUGGUCCUGCAGGGAACAAGUGAGCCUGUAACUCACACUCACUUCAUCACUAGCACUUUCAGUCCACUCAGAGGAACAAAAGAGGAACUUAUUGGCCAUUUUGAAGGAUCUAGAAACAUAGAAGCUAGUGAUACAAUAUUGGAUUGUUGACACAUCUGUUAUGGAUAUUUUGUCUUAGUUUUUGUCCUGGACCUGAUAAGAUGGCCAGUUUACCCCUCUCCCCUCUGAACGACUGGUGGGAACCGGGCUGUGCCAGCCUCCAUCCCCUGGUAUGCCACCUGUGCCAUGAACAGUAUCGCCAGCCGUGUCUUCUGGACUGCUACCACAUCUUCUGUGCCAGCUGCUUGCACGGCCAGGCCAGGGGGAACCGUCUCAUCUGCCCCCUCUGUGGAUAUCCCUCGGUUGUAAGGGGGAUGAAUUCACUCCUUCCUGAAGACCGCUUACUGAAGUUCCUUGUGGAUAACUCCCCUGACAGUGUGGUGCAGUGUUCUAACUGUGAUCUGGAAAGCAGAGCACAGGAUGCUGGGCAAAUGUAUUACUGUAAUACCUGUAGCCAGCCACUGUGUGGGCCCUGCAGAGAUGUAACACAUAAAGCAAAGAUGUUCUCCUGCCACGAAAUCGUCUCACUGGCCAAGCGUUCCAAAGAUGGCCACAGGACGUGUCCUCUUCAUCAGGAGCUUUACAUCCUGUUCUCCACAGAGAAGAAAUACAUGCUGUGCAUUAAAUGCUUUAGAGAAAUGCCAGUGGAAAGUCGCAUGCACUGCAUAGAUAUCGAGACAGCAUAUGCUCAAGGUUGUGAGAUACUGGACCAGGCCGUGCUGGCGGUGAAGGAGCUGCAGACGUCUGCACGUGAGGCCAUCAUGCUGCUGAAGGUCAUGCUGGUAGAAGUGCGCACCAAUGUUGAAGAGGAGGAGAAUGCAAUCUGCAACCUGUUCAACAGACUGCAGGAGAAGCUUAUAGAGAGGAAGAGGAUUCUGCUGAAAGCUGCUGAGAGUCAACGUGAAGAGAAGGUGAAGACCCUGAAGGAACAACAUUAUCACUUGGCUGCUCUUCUGCCCACACUUCAGGUUCACCUGGUCAGAUGUUCAGCAUUUCUCAGUUCAGCCAACAAGUAUGAAUUCCUGGAUAUGGGCUAUCAACUCAUGAAGAGGUACUACAAAAUCCUAAAGCUGCCCCAUCAACUUCUUCCUGAGCAGAGCAGCAAAAUUAACACAGAUUUUCAUGCUGAGUUUGCUCGCUGCCUGGAGCCCUUGCUGCUGCUGGGUCAGCGCAGACCCUGCCCAGUCUCUGGAGGAGUGGCUGUUGGCAAUCUGGUGGCAUCUGUGCAGUCCAUGUCCUGUCGUUCCCCCUCUCUCAGUGACAUGCCUCAGGUCCCCUGUCUAGGGCACAGACCCACCUUUCACCGCUACAUCUGCACCAAGGUGCUGCUGGCUGAGGGAGGAGAUACACCCUUCACCGAGCACUGCCGCAACUAUGAGAACUGCUACAGGACUCUUCAGAUUGAAAUCCAGCAUCUGAAGGAUCAGGUGCAGGAGAUGCACAGAGACCUCACCAAGCACCACUCGCUCAUCAACACAGACACCAUGGAGGAGAUUAUGGAGAGAUCUCUGCACAUAGACCAGCAGAUCACAUCCCAGCACUCCUCUGUACAGACGCUCAGGGCCAUAUUUGAGGAGAUUUGGGAGGAGACCUUUCAAAGAGUCACAAAUGAGCAGGAGAUCUAUGAAGCACAGCUUCAUGAUCUUCUUCAGCUGAAGCAAGAGAACUCCUAUUUGAUGACUAUCGCACGGCAGAUAGGGCCGUACAUCUCAUCCAUCGCAAAAGUGAAGGAACGUCUUGAGCCCAGGUUCCAGGAACCAAAGGAACUUGAGGACGAUCGAACAGAGAUCAUGCUGAAGAUUUAUGAGGACACUACAAUAACUGGAGAAUCACAGCACAGCAAUGGCGAGAGCAUCUACAGCUGGGAUUCAGACACAAAUAAGAGUGGUCUAAUGUUACAACUGGAUGAGGGGUUUCCGCCAAAGAACUCCAGAGACUACCACAGCCGAAAUCAGCAGAGGAGUAUCACUAUAACUUCAUCAUGAAUCUGAGAGGAAAAAUGCAACAACCGGCAAGUGGACAGUUAUAAUACAGCUGAAGAAUUUCUGCAGGGAUCACUACUCCUACUGUAGUGAACUUUAUGAGCAAAUGGACACGAUUAUGUUAUAUUCAUGAGCUGCUGUGGAAUGGAAAAGAAGGACAACCUGAGUGAGGCUACAUGAAAACUUACAUAAAAUCAUUAUAUAUGUUGUAAAAAAUUUUUUAAAAUUUUCACCUAUAUCUACCUAUAUAUUGUAAUUAUUUGAAGCCCAGUAUUUUAAUGCCUACAAUAAUGCUGUAUUUGACUAUGUUCUUGCACAGGAGCAUCUCAGAGAUAAUAUAUAUAUAUAUAUAUAUAUAUAUAUAUAUAUAAUAUAAUCGAAACAUUAAUUGUUUUAUUAAUUCAUUUUAAAAAGUGAAACAGACAACGAAACCCCAAAAAUCAGUGUUUCAUAAAAUUUGAAUAUUAUACAAGAACAGUUUAAAAAUGUAGUUUUAAUACAGAAAUGUUGGCCUACUGAAAAGAAUGUACAGUAUAUGGACUGAGUACUUGGUCAGGGCUCCAUUUGAAUUAAUUACUUCAUUACUGCUUUAUGGGAUGGAGGUGAUCAGUCUGUGGCACUGCUGAGGUGUUAUGGAAGCACAGGUUGCUUAGAUAGUGGAGUUCAGCUCGUCUGCAUUGUUGGGUUUUGUCUCCCAUCUUUCUAUUGACAAUAGCCUUCUGAAAUAUGAAAGCACUUCAUGCCUCCCCCGGCUGACGAGCUUUAUGGAGAUGGAAAUUAAAUUUUCCAGCAGGACUCUGCACUCCCCACACUGCCAAAAGUGUCUGAACCUGCUAUAAUAAGAACAGUGUCACUCUUAGUGUAAAUGUAUUACACUUAUAGGGCCAGUUGUUCAAAAAAUGUAAUCCGGAUCAAAAUUAUCCAGAUUUGGUAAUCACAUUUUUUGCUAUCCAGGAUCAGGUGAUCUGUCUUACUUUUAAGCCAGUUUUUCAAAGCAAUAUUGGAUUGGAUCAACCUGAUCCAGAAACACAGUUUUCAGGAUUACCUAAUCCGGAUUACCAGCUAUGUAAAAAACAGAUAGAAGAACCAACAGGGGUUGAUGACUCCUUUUCUUGCCGUAACAAGAUACUGCUUAUUGCAAAACAAUACGAGCAAUUGAGCGUUUAAAUGGAGUUCUGCAGAGACGCUUUGCAUGACUUAACUAUUUGCGAGUCGAACCACAGGGAGCAUGCAACAUAACACUUGCAUGUAUUGUCCUGCCCAAUGUUGCUACCAGACGCAAUGUCCCUCUCUGUGAUGUUUAUGAUGCACCUGAGCCUGUUGA